AUGUCGAACAAUCAACCACGAGCUGGAUCACCGCUUCCUGAAUUGAAUAGGCCAACAGCCAAACGGUCUCCUUCUAUUUUGGUUACCGAUGCACGGAGUCAUCAAGUCAAGGGGGCUAGAGCUCCAUUUGCAGGGCACAGUUUCAGAAAGCAACAACAACGCCAACAGCAGCAACACCAGUCGUCGUAUAGUUUCGAGCAACAGCAACAUCAAAACGCCUUGCUGAAACGAUUAGCAUUUAGAAAUAAAUAUACCGACAUCUCAGUUGACAAGUUGCUAAGCAAUUCCAGUGAUAUCCCAUCGGGUCAGAGUAGGUUUCCAUCAAAGUUGGGCCCGAGUCGAAACUACGAUAAUAGUGGCUCAUCGUCACCUCCACCACCUCCUAUUAUAAGCCCUUCUAAUCCCGAGUCAAGAAGGAAUAUUAGAAGCAUACCGAAACUAUCACAGUCAUUACCAUCGAGGACGUCAAAAACCUCACAAAAGUUGGUAUUGAUACCCGAUGAGCAAAGGCACGGCGGAUCGCCUCCACCAAGCUCAGGCAAUGAAGAUCGUUUGAUACAACCUCUUGAUAGUAGUUUGGAUAUACAGGCACAAAUUUCUCGGUCAAGAGCAGAACUAAUGCCAAAGGAGAAGCGAGCACAGGAGUUUAGUCGAAUGACUGCCUACUUUAUUUGCGAAGAAUUCAACCUAGCAUCUGUUGCCAAAUUUUUGAGAAAAAACCACGAGGUAAAGCCAAGGUUAUAUGAUGAAGCGUUGUACGUGCCAUAUACAUUGCCAUUGCUACCAGGAACCGAUGGGUUACGUGUCAAAUCGAAUAAUUCCAUCAAACUACAGGCCAAAAAUAAGCAUAUGGAAAAGAUGAUUAAUAAAUCGGAGCAAACUGACCAUCUUUAUGAAUAUUAUUCUGGAGUGGAAACCCCUGAAGAUGCUAACAAUUACUCGAUGGACCCAGAGUUGGAGAAUUUUGAUAACAGCAGCCCUUUUGAUCCUAGUGAGCCGCAAUUUUUUGCUCCUCCAUUGGAUGAAUCAAGAAUCAGCGAUGAUGGAGAUAGUGCAGACUCAAGAAGUGCCAAGAGUGACAAAAGCCCCAACAAAAGAUCAGUGGAGAUCCACAGCUCGCUGUCAUCUGUACAUAACCUGUCGGAUGUUUCUAAGCACCAUGCUGAAAUGUUUGUUUUAGCAUAUGGUGUUGUUGUGUUUUGGAACUUUUCCGAAGUUCACGAAAAGAAUAUUCUUGCUGAUUUAGCAUUUGCGGAGCAGGAACUUCUCAUAAACCCCAUCGACGAGCAAGAUAUUGAGACUGAGGAGUUCCACUUUGAGUAUGAUAGAGACAUACACAGACCUAGGAUAUAUAAUGAUAUGAUCACUUUACGAUCUAGUGAUCAUCUAAUAAAACUCACAAUGUCUCAUGCAAUAGCUCAGCUGACAAAAUUAGGUUUAUUUGAGAGCAGAAUGGUUAAUAUCUUGCACCUGAUAAGUAAACUCCCCAAGAAGUUGGCAUUGACGGGACGAUUGGGGUUAAAGCGGAACCAAUUAUUGAAGAAGUCAGGCAAGUUAUUCAAAUUGCGCGUCGAUGUCAACUUGUCCAGUUCGAUAUUGGAUACUCCCGAUUUCUUCUGGUCCUUUGAGCCUGCAUUGCAUCCUCUAUACAACGCUGUAAGGGAGUAUUUGGAGAUUGACCAGAGAGUCCAGGUGUUGAAUGAUCGGUGUAAAGUAUUUUUGGAGUUUUCCGAUAUCGUCACUGAUAGCAUGAACGAGAAGAAUACCAACCGAAUAACUUGGAUGUUGAUUAUCAUUAUAUUCCUCAGUCUUUUUGUUAGUGUUUUUGAGUUUAUAUUGGAAGUAUUGUAG